GGCGCCGGGCGAGGAGAUCACCAGUUGCCUCCUCUGUUCUAAUGCCAAGAUCAGGCUGGGGGUCCCGGAGACUGGGAGGGACGGGCAGAACGCCUAGGAAGAGAAGGGUUAGCCUAGUAGAGUUGUGCAAAGGCCUGGACCAGGGGGCGGGCGUCUGACAGUUCCAUUCCUUGGACCCCUAGAGGGUCCACGCUCCGAAAGGCUGCGGGUGGAUUGGAGCCGAGGAAGACACGUUUUGUCUCUGGCCUUAGAGGGAUGUCUGCUUGGCUUGGAGUUUGUGUAGAGGAAACAGGGCAGAGGACCGAAGCUCAGAGAGGGAAGAGGGGAUGGAACGAAUACCGAGAAGGGUGAGGCUGGAAAACUAGAAGAUGUGAACCUAAAAACCAAGAAAUAGUAAGGUGUGAACUUAAAGAUCAAGCUGCCCAGGGACUCUUCUAAACGGCCGCUAGCAGACCCAGCGGCCAAGCCACUCAUCUAUAUGCAUGUGAACAGGAACAUAUCUUGGAAAGGAAAUGCUGGGAGGCUGAAGAUCUGGAAGCAUUUGGCUGAAGCGCUCUUCAGGCCUGCACAUGCCAAAGCACAGUUAACCUACAGUGGGCCACCAAUUUAUUUGAUCAAAUGGUUGUCCUGUGAGCCUUUUGCAAAUUGUCCUUAAGAGGAGGUAUUUUGCUAAGCGUCUCUGGAAGGGCAUUUUACAGAUGCUUUAAAAAAAUCUCAUAUAGGAUCACUUUCGUGCCCAGAUUGUGUGUUAUUUUUCACAAGAUAACAUAUAAAACGUUUGGAACAUUUCGUUCUGGCUUCCACUGUUCAGAAGAUCGACUUGUCCUGCUUUCUGUACAUCUCACUGAUUAUCACUUGCUGAAACAAUUCUGAACAGCUCCUGGUGCAUUUUGAGGAACUGUGAUGAGCUCUGUGGGAGACUAUGAAAACACAAAUCAGUGGCUGCAGGCACUUUUAACAGUAGUCUGUUGUAAAUUUAGUUUUGAAAUAUCUGGGAGUGAUGAAGAUGAGCCAUUGGGAAUGUUAAACAGUAUACCCACCAAAGGAUGACCCUGAAGGAGCAGUUAGUCUUCUUGAUGGCUUUUUAAUGUGAUAUUUUAUUGCAUUUUAAGACCCAAAGACCAAAAGAGUGAAGUGCUGGCUGAGCUGUGAGAGCUCCUUUUUCAGAGCACCUGAGUUCCAUUCCCAGCAUCCCGCAACUUAACUGCUUGUAACUCCAAAUCCAGGGAAGCAUAAGCUUAAAUCAGCUCAGAAGGACAAGGUCCGCCAGUUCAUGGCAUGCACUCAGGCUAGUGAGAAAACGGCUAUCUACUGCCUGACACAGAAUGAGUGGAAACUAGAUGAGGCCACAGAUAGCUUCUUCCAAAACCCAGAGGCGUUCCACCGAGAGUCUAUGAAGAACACCGUGGACCAGAAGAGGCUGGAGCAGCUGUAUGGAAGGUACAAAGACCCACAGGAUGAAAACAAAAUCGGAAUUGAUGGGAUUCAGCAGUUCUGUGAUGAUUUGAGCUUGGACCCUGCCAGCAUUAGUGUUUUGGUCAUAGCAUGGAAGUUCAGGGCUGCCACUCAAUGUGAAUUUAGCAAAAAGGAAUUUGUGGAUGGCAUGACAGAGCUGGGGUGUGACAGCAUGGAGAAACUGAAAGCUCUUCUUCCUAAACUAGAACAAGAGCUUAAGGAUUCAGCGAAGUUCAAGGACUUUUACCAGUUCACCUUCACCUUCGCUAAGAACCCUGGGCAGAAAGGCUUAGAUUUAGAAAUGGCUGUUGCAUACUGGAAGUUGGUAUUGUCUGGAAGGUUUAAGUUUUUAGAUCUUUGGAACACAUUUCUGCUGGAGCAUCACAAAAGAUCAAUUCCAAGGGAUACUUGGAACCUUCUCCUAGAUUUUGGAAACAUGAUUGCAGAUGAUUUGUCUAACUACGAUGAAGAAGGAGCCUGGCCGGUCCUUAUAGAUGACUUUGUAGAAUAUGCACGAGCUGUAGUCACAGGUGGGAGACGUGGCCCUUUCUAGGUGGAAAAGCCAGACAGAUGGAGGGUAGGAUGAGCCGUAUCCUGGAGGACCACUGGGUUGGUUGCUGUGUGCAUUUGUCGCUGACUUCAGAGUCUUCCUCGUCUAUUCAUGAAGCAGAUUCUGACUCCGCUUAAAGGCUACAGUGGCUCACGGCAAACACAGAGAAGCUCCUCGGGGUUAGGGCCGAGUCAUCAGAGCUAUUGCUUUAGGAGUCGCCUGCAUGACUUGUCUUUACAGAAUGCAACCUAGAACCUGUUUGCAAGGCUGAAAGCAUGCUGUUGAGUUCAUGACGUUAAGGUGAGCACCAGUGGUUUCCAAACUGGAAUCCCGCUAUACUUAUGCUUCAAAAUAGCAUCUGUGUCCUCAGAAUGAUGUAUCUUUUAUACACGUCCACGCUGUUAGAAAACGUGCCCUCAUAAAGAUGGCCUUCUCAGAGAGCCUACUGCUUUUAAUCUUGGUAUUCAAGAAUGAUAGUUUUGAAUUCUCAAAUCUCUAGAUUUACUAGAUGUUUUGUUUUCAUUUUCUCUAGAAGACAUUGUUGCAGUUUGCACAGGGAUGGCACAGGAUGUAAUCCAGCAGGUUCAUUUCAAACUGUUUACAAAGCUGGUGGGCCUGUUUUACUUCCAAUAAGGUUAUUAUUAGGCCUGGAAGCUGCCUCCUGAGAAGUUUCUUAUUUUUUUUAAUAUAUUUUAUUAUAUUCAAAAGGACAUUUUUCCAUGAGAAAUACUUCUUUUUGAGUGAUGAAUUAGAUUUACAAAUCAAACGCACUGGUUCCCUUCACCAUCUGCAGUUUCUGCAGUACCCAGUGUCUAGCCCUUGGAUAGCCAUAUGCAUUUGGAAGCAAAAACACACAUCCAAAAAGAAUCUACACCCAAUGCCCCUGUCGUCUUUGUCUGCACUGUGGGACUGUCCCGUGUCACUGUGCUUGUCACCGUCUGCUUUUCUGGUGUUUGUCUGGUCAAGAUCCACUCACGCACACAGGCACGGAGGGCCUGGAUACUUCCUGCUCAUCUGGUGUCAAGCUUUGAACAUCACUGUGCUGACCCUACCUCACACUUGCCAAGAUUUGGUGUCACAAGCGUGCCUUGCUGCCCAGCCUAAAACAUGGCCAGCGUGCAGAAAUGCUGGGCCCACUUCAGGACGGGGGACUGCUCAAUGCCUGUACACACAAGACAUGUCUUGAAUGUGCUGUUGGGGCAGCUUCUGGUCAGGGGACAUGCUCUGAGGCACGUGUGCCCUACAGUGAGGCGGACUGCUGCUGUCGACCACGGAUCUCAGAGGAAGUGGAUAUCGGAAUGGGAGGCCAGUCUCCACAAAGCCCACCCCUCAGUGUACGCCAGCACCAGCAACCUGUCAGCACAGGUCUGUGAAAGGGGAAGCGAGGGCUUCUCUGAGAGCAUGCGGAACCAAACUGACUUAGUGGGGCCGGGAAGACAAAGCCUCCUUCCAGACGUGUGGGCUCCCAACUCGUAGUUACCUUCUGUUCACAGACGUUUACAGACACAAGUAACUAUAUUUUGAAGGUCUGCAAUACGUUUUUAUUUUUAAGAUUUAAAAUUCUUCAGGAGAAGGGCCAGUGAUAGGAUUCAGCAGGUUAAGGCGUGUGCUGCCAAGCCUGAGGACCUGAGUUCAGUCCCUGGGACCCACAUGGUGGAAGGCGAGAGCUGACUUCCACAGGCUGUCCUCUGACCUCCACACACGUGCCGUGAAAUGCAUGUACUCCCCCUACACACACAUGUACUCACACAGUAAAUAAAGUAAAUAAAUAAGUGUAACUCUAAAACUCUAAAUUCUGUGGGAUUGUCAAUAGGCUGUGAAGUACUAGUAAUUGAUAAAGGCUUUUCAGAGAAUUGUGCUUUCUGUUUUAUUAUUUAUACUUGAAUUGUGCAUGUUACAGAAAUGCUGAAAAACUUCAGGAAUAGUAAAUAAAAUAUUUUCCCCGGUGU